AUGUCUGCGCCAACUAUUUGCAUGGGACAGUACCUCUUCCGAAGAAUCAAGCAACUCGGUACGGAACAUAUUCUGGGUGUCCCUGGAGAUUUUAAUCUCGCUCUUCUUGACGAGAUCUACAACGUCUCAGGCUUGAAAUGGAUCGGCUGCUGCAAUGAACUCAACGGCGCAUAUGCUGCUGAUGGCUACACGAGGAUCAAAGGCUCUCCGGCAGCGCUGGUCACGACCUAUGCUGUGGGGGAACUGUCUGCGAUGAACGGGGUGGCAGGAGCGUACGCGGAGCAUGCGGGCAUGAUUCAUAUCGUUGGCAUGCCGGCACGAUCGUUGCAGAAGACGCGUGCAAUGCUGCAUCACACCAUGAAAGCUAACAUGGACCACGCGACCUACAUCCACAUGGCGGCACCAAUCCGAGAAACUCACGCCUAUCUGAUGAAUGACGAGACGAUGGCCGAGGAGAUAGACAGAACCAUUGUUGCCUGCGUCCGCAGUCGACUUCCGGUCUAUAUCUACGUCCCUACUGAUACUGUGUCGGUGCAACUGGACGCAAAGCGACUAGAGACGCCGCUGGACGUGACUGUGCACAACAGCGACAGCAAAACCGAAAAUCAGAUCGUCGACAGCAUUUGCAAUCUGAUUGAGAAAGCUUCAAGUCCAGUGAUCUUGGCUGACGUGCUCGCUAUACGCCAUGGCGGCCGGGAGUUGACUAGAGAGCUCGCCGAGAUCACCCAGUUUCCCAGCUACUCUACUCCACUAUCAAAAGGCAUCAUCGACGAAACUCUCCCUUAUUACAAUGGGCUGUACAAUGGGAAAGUGUCCUUCCCUGGGGUGGCUGAGGGUAUCGAGAAUUCGGAUUUGGUCCUAAAUAUUGGCCCACUUCUCUCAGACUCCAACACUGGGGGAUUCACAAGAGAGAUCAAAGACGAACAUCUUGUGCUCCUCGGACACGACUCUUGUCAAGUCCCAGGGCAGAAGUUUGAUGGUGUCCAUUUCCUGCCGGUCCUGAAAAAGCUGGUCGCACACCUUAGGGCAAAUCCUCCGACACUCAAGCACAAAGCGCUGAGAACUGAGACGCCCUUACUGAACGACUUGAAGUCUGGAGAGAUCAAACAGUCGUACGUUUGGCAACGUCUCGGUCGGUUCUUGAGGAAAGAUGACAUCCUUUUGGUAGAGUCUGGAACAGCCCAGUUCGGAAUGCCAGACGCCACUUUUCCGCCCAAUGUCAAACUCAUCACCCAAACUUUCUGGUCAUCCAUCGGAUACACGGUCGGUGCCUGCUUCGGAGCCAUGAUUGCGGCACAGGAACUCAAGCAUAGCGGACGGGUAGUCUUGAUCGUCGGUGAGGGAAGCCUCCAGAUGACAGUGCAAGAGAUCGGGUCAUACAUCCGGUACGGCUUCAAACCCAUCAUUUUUGUCAUCAACAACAACGGAUAUGCCAUCGAGAGAGCAAUCCAUGGACCACAGCAAGGCUACAACGAUGUCAGCAUGAUGUGGGACCACCAGAAGAUGCUCAGCUUCUUCGGAGCAAGAGAGGAUACUGGUGUCAAGGCAGACAGUCGGGCCACAAAGACGGUCGAAGAGCUUGAGGCUGUCCUGAACGAUGACAAUUUCGCAAGUGGAAACAAUAUCCAGCUGUGUGAGAUCUUCAUGGACACAUUCGACUAUCCGUGGAGAUUGACCGAGCAGCUUAAUAUUUCCCAAGGACGGAAGAAGUGA